AUGGCGAUUUUAUUUGUGGUGAUCGUCAAUGCUACGUCACAUCCAAAAUUCCGCGUUAUUCAAGGAGUAGAUGAUGAAGACAACAAAUAUCCUUACGUGGUUAGCUUAGAAGGGCUUCAAAGUAAAGUUCCUGGCCUGGAGUUCUACCGCAUGUGUACAGGCACUCUUAUAGCUCCAGAAUGGGUAUUAACAGCAGGGCAUUGUCUGUUACCACAGUUGGAGAUUGUCAGAUAUGGAAAUAUGUCCAUCCCGAGGAAUGCCACCGAAUCCACCAGGAGAAUUCUGAAGAGAAUACCCCAUCCCAACUACAAAGGUGCCUUAUUUAUUAAAUCCAUUGCUAUAAUAAAAAACGACAUCGGUUUGGUUUUAGUGGAAGAAAUACAGAUGAUGGUACUUGGCAAGUUAUCAGCUGUAGAUUACAGAACAUUAAAUGGAGAGAAAGUGACGUAUGCUGGUUACGGAGGAACUGGCGAAACUUUGGAUGUGUAUAAGCCACUUCAGCUUGGUGAAAGCAUGGUCCGUUCUUGUCUACAAUCUAAUAUCCCCGAUCCCCGAAUUCCUUUUGAUAUAAGGGAUUGGGGGCCGACUCUUUGUGCGGUGCCCAAAUGUACGUUGAAGGACCAUGCACCAGGAGCAGGGGACUCGGGAGGGCCAGUGUUCCUCAAUGACAAAGUUGUCGCAGUAAUCAGUGGGCCAUUCUAA